AUGUAUUCACUUGAUUACCUCAACCAAGACGUCCGCUUGUCAGUUUGGCGCGCAAACCGCACAAGCGCGUCGGAAUAUUGCUGCGGCGAUGCAGAUACCACACAGACAAACUCAUCCUUGGCAUGUCUUGAUGGGAAUCCCACCUUUACGCUGCCAAAUGCAACACCGUUGUUGGGAGUCGCCGGUCUCUCGAACGCCCAAGCGGUUUCCUCGACGAACUCGUCCUCCGUUACUACUCGCACUGAAACGUCAACAGCCAUUCCUACGACACACGACGACGACUGUUCCUCACAGAAGCAAGACACUAUUACGGUCGGGGCGGUCCUCGGCGUCUCGAUCGUCAUUGCAGCUAUCGCACUGAUUGUGUGGGCCCUAUGGGAACGCAGACAGAAGGUACUGUGGUGGCAGCGUGCGAUUGGCGCCGCGCCGCACUGGCCCCCGGAGAACGCGCCGUGGAUGAGAGUGCAGUGUCCGAAAUCUAAGCCUCCGCCUUGUCCGGUGACUAGGGCUAAGCUGGCAUAUGCGAAUCAUCAAAAGCAACGUUCACAGCAGCAGGAGCCUGCCCCGUCUUAUGGGCAUCAACAGUCUGAAGCCGGUCAACGGGAGUACGAGCAGCAGAUGGGUCAAACCCAUAUUUCCAGUCCACAACGUCCACGGGAAAUGCCGGAUGGGAUGCCUGCGGCGGCCGAGAUGGACGCGACGUGA